CCAGAUCGGGAAAGCUAGGAAGGGAGGCAAAGCCACCUACCAACCCCCAAACUCCGCCGAAACCCACGCUCGAGGUCGACUGAAUAAACCCCGAGUCCAAAAGCAGCAUUCCGAAUCACCACUCCCCAAACAGCGCUCGCUCUUCCUUCCCCUCCGACGACGACGGCCGGAGGAGACGGAGAGGCCUGCUGGUGGUGCCGCGCUGCCCCGGGUUGAUCCCUUCUUCUUCGUAUCUCGGCGCAUGCUUUUAUCUUCUGACGGACUUUGGGGGUUCCACUGAAUAUCCCCACGGUGCCCACGUGAACCGUGCCUUCGCCUUCUCCAUACAUGCGCACCCUCUCUGUUUUGUGUGAUUAUUAGAUGGGGGACAUAGCCAAGGACCUGACUGCCGGGACCGUGGGGGGGAUCGCCAAUCUGGUCGUCGGCCACCCGUUCGAUACCAUCAAGGUCAAGCUCCAGAGCCAGCCCUGCCCUGCUCCGGGCCAGCUCCCCAAGUAUGCUGGCGCCUUGGAUGCUGUCAAGCAAACGGUUGCGGCCGAAGGGCCGAGGGGAUUGUACAAGGGGAUGGGGGCUCCUCUGGCCACCGUUGCAGCGUUCAACGCUCUCCUGUUCACAGUGAGGGGGCAGAUGGAGACUCUCUUGAGGUCGGAGCCUGGGGCGCCGUUGACGGUCAACCAACAGGUAGUCGCUGGUGCUGGUGCGGGGCUUGCGGUCUCCUUCCUGGCAUGCCCCACAGAGCUCAUCAAGUGCAGGUUGCAGGCCCAGAGUUCUUUAGCUGAAGCAGGUGCUAUCUCCGCUGCGGCGCUACCGAAAGGUCCGAUGGAUGUGGCGAAGCAUGUCAUGAAGGACGCUGGCCUCAAAGGUCUAUUCAAAGGCCUUGUCCCAACAAUGGGCCGUGAGAUCCCCGGCAACGCCAUAAUGUUCGGCGUGUACGAGGCAGUCAAGCAGUACAUGGCCGGCGGUCCGGACACGUCGAACCUCGGCCAGGGCUCUCUCAUCCUCGCCGGUGGCCUCGCCGGAGGAGCGCUGUGGCUUACAGUGUACCCCACCGACGUCGUGAAGAGUGUGAUCCAGGUGGACGACUACAAGAAGCCUAGGUACUCAGGGUCGAUCGACGCACUCAAGAAGAUCGUUGCUGCCGAAGGAGUGAAGGGUCUGUACAAGGGGUUCGGGCCGGCCAUGGCUCGCAGCGUACCCGCCAACGCCGCCACCUUCGUGGCCUACGAGAUCACAAGAUCGGCUAUGGGCUGACCCAAUGUUCAAGUGCACGCCUCAAUCUCUUCUCCGGCAUAGCUGAAGCAACAGUUCACAGAGCAAUACAGACAGAAAUCAGGAUCACGGCAAGCAAAAACACAGAACAUUAACCAUUCUUCUUUGCUGCAACACCAUGUUCCGAAAAAACUUGCAAAUAUUGGCAGCAAUGGCAGGAUUGUUGGCAUAAUAAAGGUUGAGCUUUACCUA